ACUAGGACACCAGAAGGAGAGUCUUGGCGGGGGGACCUGCAGGUUCCGAAGGGCGUUGCGUUCCGCAAGUGCUUGAGGACCCGGCUAAACGGUGACUCCCGGUGUCUGCUCAGUACCUUGCAGGGAAGCGAUUCCGGCGCUAAUCCCAUGGGCAUGGCGGCAGUGAAGCCUGCUCACUUUCCACCCGAGAGCCCUACAAAUGCUUUCCUACAGUCUGCAGCUCUAGGCCCCUCCCGGCCUAGGCCCCUCCCAGAGCCGCCGGGCUCUACCAGCCCCUGGGCAGGGCCCGCGAGCGGAGGGGGGCGUGGGAGAGGAAGGGCCGCUCUCCGCGGGCGGGCAGAGGCCGGCGCUGGGGCCUCGGGGUGGGGACCAGCUGAGGGGCCCGACGGCGGGGUCUGUCCAGUCCAGAGCGGCCCGGACACCGGCGCGUAGCGAGGGUGAGACCCCAGCAGAGUCCCGUUCCUUCUCUUAAACUCCGAGCAGACAGACUGGGACCCCCGCUGACUCCGGGACAACACUGCGCCCCGCUUCGAAGAUUUUGCCAUCAAUGUCGCUGCUGAACUCUGGCUGGCCGCACCCAGGAGAGAGGCUUACCCCUCUGGAGCCAAAUCCACCAGUCAACCCAGACAGCAACCCAGGCCAGAGGCCAGAGGAGGACCCUGAGGAGGCCUCUGCUCAGGUGGAUCCUGAAAUUCUGCAUUUGGGGCACCCUGACCUGGACACCAGCCAAACCCCCAGCUGGCCUGGGCUCCGGACCCUCCUGCAGCAGCUCCCUCCACAGGACAGCGAUGAGCGAUAUUGCCUGACCCUUGAGGAGGAGGAGCUGGCCGAACUGAGGCUCUUCUGUGCCUGGCGGAGGAGGGAGGCCCUGGGACAGGGGGUGGCCCGCCUGGUACCUCCCAAGCUUGAAGAAUGCACCUGUGAAAAGUGCAGGGAGCCGCUGAGGCCAGGGGAGUAUGGAGUGUUCGCAGCCCGGGCAGGAGAGCAGUGCUGCUGGCACCCGGCUUGCUUCGCCUGCCAGGCCUGUGGCCAGGCCCUGAUAAACCUCAUCUACUUCUACCACGAUGGGCAUCUCUACUGCGGCCGUCAUCACGCGGAGCUGCUGCGGCCUCGGUGCCCGGCUUGUGACCAGCUGAUCUUCUCCCGGCGUUGCACCGAGGCCGAAGGACGGCGCUGGCACGAGAACCACUUCUGCUGCCAGGACUGCGCCGGGCCCUUGGGCGGGGGACUUUAUGCCCUGCCGGGGGGCGACCCCUGCUGCCCCAGCUGCUUUGAGAGUCGCUAUUCAGAUGCCGGCUCGAGGCCGGCUGGAACCCAGGAAGGCAGGGCGUCCCUGGGUAAGGGAGGAGAAGGAGCAGAUACAUCAAAGGGGAAGGGGGCAGCGGCUUGGGCUGGGCUGAGGGGGGGCGUUCUCCCGGGCCGGGACCCUCACCCCGGUCCCACGCCGUCCCGUCCCUCCAGCAGCGCCCCCGUCGUCCCCACCGCACCCCCAGACCCGAGCCUCGGGGCCCGCAGCUCUCACCGCGCCUCCCUGGCCGGAGCGCUCCAAGGGCCUCCCGAACCCACCCCGCGCCGCGGUUGGGGCUGCGGCGCGGGACUCGCUCCGGAGCUGGGGCCGCGGCUGCCCUCUGGUGGGCGGAGGCGGGGUGGGGCGGGAGCCGGGAGAGGACUUGCGGCGGCGGCGCGCACGGCCCAGGGGCGGGGCGGGAGGCUGGGCCCCGACGGGAACUGGCUUCUGGCGGCCGCCCCGCCCGGAUCCUGCAGAGAAGACUAGAGGCUCUGAGGCGGGUGUUUCUGACCCGGCCUGGCACAGGAGAGGCGGGGCUCGGCAGAAGUGAAGACACCGACAGCUACCUGCGGAAGUCUGCGUCCAUCUCCCGGGCAGCCCUUCUCGCCACUGGCGACAACUCUAGUGUGGAAACCCAGACGGAGAUGCUUGGAUCCAGUCCGG